AUGAGGUCGCGCAAGAAGGCGUUGAGCCCUUCUAACAUCCCCGUGCUCUCUCUUAAGAACGGGCCGAGCUCUCCGCCUCCAGCUUCGUCGUCGCAGCGGCUCCACCGUCUGAGCAGCGCGCUUACGGCCCCAAUCGUUGAUAUCGCUCUGAUUAAGCAAAUACUAUGGCUCGGGAUACCGGAAGACGCGCCGCUGACGCACCGUGCGGACGCGUGGCGCCUGGUGCUGGGCUACUUGCCGGUGGUCACAGCCAGCCGCGAGCAGCAGUUGGAGCGUAAGCGCCGGCACUACCAAGGCAUGUACAAGCAACACUGCGACGCCGACGUCAAGUGCGAAUCGGACCAGAAAACGCUGAAGCAGAUUCAAGUCGAUCUGCCGCGCACCAACCAGUCCCUCCGCCUCUUCAAGGACAAACGCGUUCAGAAGCUGAUGGAGCGGGUGCUGUACAUCUGGAGUGUGCGCAACCCCGCGAGCGGUUACGUACAGGGCAUCAACGACCUGCUAGUACUGUUCGUGGCAGCUCUGAGCCGGCCGUACAUGGGGUGCUUCUCGCUGGACACGGAUGCUGUGGACAGGCUGACUGAGAGGGACCUCGAGGAGAUUGAGGCGGACAGCUUCUACUGCCUCUCUCGCAUUUUAUCGCACAUGCAGGACAACUACACCGAGAACCAGCCUGGUGUAUACAAGUCCCUGAACCGACUAAAGGACCUGAUGAAGCGCAUCGACAUGAAGCUCUGCGACCACCUGGAGGCGCUGGGCAUAGACUUCAUGCAGUUCCCGUUCCGUUGGAUGAAUUGCCUGAUGAUUCGCGAGCUGCCGCUGGAUUGCGCCAUACGCCUGUGGGACACGUACAUAGCCGAGAUCAACGAGGGCAUCGUCGCAUUUCACGAGUACGUGUCUGCGGUGUUCCUGAGCGUCUGGUCCGAGGAGCUGCUGCACAUGGACUACCAGCAAUGCCUGCUGUUCCUGCAGCGCCCUCCGACCUUAGAUUGGGGCAUAGAGGAAGUAGACGCUGUGAUAUCCAAGGCGUUCGUCCUGCAGUCGGCGUUUCACAACUCCCCCAACCAUUUGAUGUGA